CGAGUAACUGCCGAUUGCACAUCCCCAAUUCAUUUACUGGCAUUUUCAAGUCCGUGUCCACAACCCAUCUAGAUCUUCACAUAUUUUUUUAUUUUAGAAAGCCAAAUCGAAAACGCGAGCAUCUCCGAUCGCCGAAAGUUGUUGCUUUUUGUCGAAUAAUUCGAUGAAAAAUCAACAAUAACAUGGAUGAACAAGCGGAAAAGAGUUCGCCUGAAAAUGACGAUUCGAAGUUGGAAAAUGGUGAAAAGAAGAAUGAGGACCUGACAUUUGAUCCAGAAAUCUUCAGUUGUAUGCUUCAGCCUUCGCCUGCAGAUUCUGAUUCUGACCCCAAUUACAUUGGAAUCCGCCGACUCCUCCUCUAUCGGAAAGCUCAGUCUGGUGUCUUACGCCGCAAGGAUUGGAGAUGUAAUGGAAAAGGUUAUGUUGCCUUUCGUAAUUACAUUAAUAGGCCGAGAAAUUGGGAUGGUUUACAAACACCGAGUUACCCGAGCACUCCAGGACAGAGUGAGCGAUGGAUACCAUCUACAAGUCCAAUCUCCCAUUUGUUUGAGGUGGACAGCUGGGGUACAAGCAGGGAUUUACAAAGUGGAAAUCGACAAUUCAGUUUCCACACAAGUGCCAGUUCAAAUGCAAGUGAUACUGAGCUCCCACAUAGAAAGGGCGAACCUGCAUAUUCCUUUGUAGGAAUGCACUGCAUUUUUGACCAGUGCAAGGCCAUGGUUACGGUCAUAAAGUUUGGGCACAUGAGUUCUGAUCUACUUGCUUAUGGAGCAUCAGAUGGAAGCUUGACUGUAUGCACUGUUUCUACGUCACCUGCAGUUCUCAAGCAGUUAACAGGACAUACAAAAGAUGUCACAGAUUUUGACUUCUCAACUAACAAUCAGUACAUCACAUCUUCCUCAAUCGACAAAACUGUAAGAGUAUGGGAUAUCUCGAAAGGCCUUUGUAUGAGGGUGAUUUAUGGAGUUUCACCAGAACUUUGUAUUCGUUUUCAUCCGGUGAACAAUAAUUUUCUUUCAGUUGGCAAUGCAAACAAAGAGAUAAUGGUGUUCAAUUUCAGCACUGGAAGAACAAUCAGUAAAGCAACCUUUGACAGUGAGGUUACUGCUAUGGACCAGGACCACACUGGUCAGCUUAUUUUCUGUGGUGAUGCUAAGGGAUAUGUAUACACAGUUAGUAUGGACUCACGUACAGGUGCCUUAUCUAGGUCUCAUCGUAAUAAAAGUAGCAGCAAGCAAAAUUCUCCAGUAACUACUGUGCAGUACAGGACCUUUUCUUUGCUCGCCCGAGGUCCUGUGUUGCUAACUUUUUCUCGAGAUGGAAGUUUGUCUUUCUUCAGCGUCUCUUUGGAGGUACAAGGUUAUUUGACCGUUCGUUGUACACUUAAAUUGGCUCCACGACUGCAUAGCAUUCGUGCCUCUUUCUGUCCUCUACUUUCCCUUGAGAAGGGAGAAUUUAUAGUUGCGGGGAGUGAAGAUGCUAAUGUCUAUUUCUAUGAUUUAACUCGACCAAAACACACGUGUGUAAACAAACUACAGGGUCAUGGCUACCCGGUUAUAGGCAUUGCUUGGAACCAUGGAGAGAAUUUGUUGGCUUCUUCAGAUUUUGGUGGAACUGUCAUUGUAUGGAAAAGAGCAAAGACAAGUUGAACAAUUCUAUGAAGGACCGGAUUUUCGACUCUGUAAUUUGUUUUACCUUAUACUGAACCCAGGGGUUUAGGAAUAGAACACAUUUGCGUAGGCCUCUGGCUCUGGUGGGUUCUUUGGAAAAAGGUGAAUCCAAAUGAGAUAAAUCCAUUGUAUAAUUUUUGUACUGAAUUUUGGUUGAUUUCAUGUGAUGGACAUUUAAAUAUCUUAAACCGAUGAGAA